AUAUUUUAUCUUAUAUAAAAGAAUAUAUUAUGAAAAAGAAAAGAGCAAAGUAUUUGGCUUUUAUGUAUUCCUAUGAAAGUACAUCAGAUGAUGAAGAUAUUGAAAACUAUAAGGAACUGGCUUCAAUGAAAGAUGAAGUGGAGGAAUUUAAGUUGUAUGGUAUUAAACUGCUAAGUUAUUAUGGCUCAUUGAUAAGUUUUUAUGAAUUUACUCGGGAUUAAUUAUUUAGUGGAGUGGUAAUUUUAAA